AUGGAAGCCUUGGGGGCAUCCGAGGCCGUUCUUCGCACUCUGGAAGCCAAGAAGCUGCGAAAGGGCCAGGGGCGCCAGCUGGAGUCCGUGUCUGGGGAAGUGCGAUUCGAGGGUGUUACCUUCUCUUACCCUGGACGGCCAGAGAGGCAGGUCUUGAAGGAUGUGACCAUCCAUUGCCGAGCAGGCGAGACAACAGCCUUGGUCGGGACAAGUGGCUCUGGAAAGAGCUCCCUCAUCAACCUGAUCCAGGGCUUCUACCAUGUACAAAGCGGCCAGGUUCUGAUCGACGGCGUGUCGUUGGAGGACCUGGACGAGGAAUGGCUGCGAGGUCAGCUGGGCAUCGUGGGCCAGGAGCCUCGUUUCUUCAGGGGCUCCGUGGCCGAGAACCUUGCCUGGGGGUUGGGUGCAGCCAAGCGUGAAAAGCUGGAAGAGGCCGCCCGAACCGCACACUGCCACGAGUUCAUCACCAGUUUGCCUCGCGGCUAUGACACGGAGAUGGCAGAUGGGAAGCUGCUGUCGGGAGGACAACGUCAGCGGCUGGCCAUUGCCCGCGCGCUACUGCGCGACCCACCCGUGUUGAUACUGGAUGAGCCCACCUCGGCGCUGGACCCAUCAACCAGCAGGCAAGUGUCCUUGGCGCUGAAAGAGGCACAGUGGUCAAAGCGCUUGGGCCGGCGAAGGACGGUGAUUGUCAUCGCGCAUCGUCUCUCCACAGUCAAGGACGCUGAGCAGAUCGUUGUUCUGGAGAACGGAGUUGUGGCGGAGAAGGGCACCCAUGAGGAGCUUAUGUCACGUCCUGGUGGUGUCCUGUGGCGGAUGGUGAAUGACCAGCAGCUGCCCUCUGCAUGA